AUGCCUGUCGCUGCCUCCUCCGCCGCAGCUAAGAAGGCCGCCAAGGCAAAGACACCUGCGCAGCCGCCCUCCUCACCGGCUUUGAUUAUUUGUCGAAACAAGCAUUGGCGGUACAUUUCGUCCUUCCAUGGCCCCUGGCUUCAGCUGCCCCCCGACAUACUCGAGUCCCUCGCGAAUACAAACUACAACACCCCCCGCCCGCGCCCCAUCGACCCCGCCGUCUUCUUCGAUCUGAUCAAAAUUAGACGUCUUGUGGAUGAAGCUACCAACCUAGCCGUUCGAGCCGCCAGCGGAGUCGCCGCCAUCACGCAGCAGAACACGUCGGGCGCCCCCCAUGCUGCCUUGGGGCUGGGCUUCGGUUUUGGACCCGGCACCCAGACGAAGCUUAGUCGGGAGAGGAAGCAUCGCAUGCGAGAACAGGCGACCCAGAAGCUGUCAAAGGCGUACCAUCUGGACGAGAUCGCCUGCAGCGUGGCCACCAUGCAGAGUGCUUCACCUCUUGAAGAAGUAGCCUCGCUCGUCCUGCAGCGAAACCCCGACGAUUCCGACGCCAAGUAUGUGCAUUUUUUCCACGAGAAGAUACCUAGCAGGCAGCUCGCGGAGUGCACAAACCUGGUGGCGCUGAGUGAAAUCAUAUCGGACAGGCCCACCACGGCCGAGCCUCUGAGAACCCGCGCCACCGUGCGUGUGUUCAAGGAGGACCUCGAGGGCGCUGUUUCCGACUUGACAGAGGCUCUCAGAAUCCAUCGCUCAUACCGGCCACCACAUACAGCCCCCAAGCCGCAGUCGCAAGAGCUCUAUCUCUCCGAAAACCUGCAGCAGCGGAAUGGCCGCUGGCAUGAGGAUAUCAUUCUCAAGGAGGAGGACCAACCAAGCAGCGUCGAAAUCCAGUUACUCUUUCAGCGUGCUGGGGUUUAUCUCACGAUUGCUUGCCGCCAUGUUGCCGUAGCCUUCUCCGACAUGCCUACAUCUCCGCAGAGGUCUAACGCCCCGGGUCCGAGCUCUAGCACGACCAGCCAGCCUCCAGAGGGCUCGCCAACGGGGGAGGAGGAGCCAGAUGUACAGCCCGGACCCUGGCCUACGUCUGAGCCCCAGAUGACAGCCGAAGAGAAAGAAACACAGCGUAAGGCCUUCGAGGCAAGAAAGCUUGUUAAGCUUAAUGCCAAGCGGGCACUCCGCGACUACAUGGCAUACUUGUCACAUUGCGAAUACUCGCCCGACUUGUCGCUGGAUAUCGCCGAGGAGUUUGCGCGCAAGGUAAAUUAUACUGCUAACGGUGUCCGCGUGCCUCGAUCGCAUUCACAUCCGCCUAGGUCAGGCUCACCUGUGGACGAUACCGCGACCAGCCGGCCCCACCGGAUAUACGCACUUUCCGAUCUCUUCACGGCGACCCCUCCCGCCGAUCUGCCACCGUAUCCGAGCACGGAGAUGGUUUCGAUUUGUCAGGUCCAUCCCCGCUCUCCUCCCAGUCUACUUCAGACAACCACGGAGACGCUAACCUACCACCCUCUUCUCACCGACGCGCUUCAUUCCCUACUCUUGUGCCACUGUUUGAUGCAGACGUCAGCCAAAGAGCUUUUGCGCCACGCCUACAUGGUCGCUCGACUCACCCGUCUUGCCGAUGGCUAUCCUGUCUUCCAGGCUAGUAGGUCUCCAGCUCGGGCUGACUGGGUAGAAGUGCUUCGCGCAGGUGGCAACUGGAUCCAGCUCGUCGGAACCUGGGAAGACCUCUGCUCACCGGCCCCUCUACCGUUGUUUCAGCCGUCCGGUAAUGGCGCCGGCCCUGUCCCAGUCCCUCUGAGCCAGUUCCUGCCGGGUGCCAAACCCGCCAAGUCGCCACCCGCUUCAGCUAUUACAGACAACGAGAGCAUUGCAAGCACAGAAUCGUCAAUUAUUUUAGCUCCGGGUGGUGGUUCGGGUGGUCGAACUAGCGAAGAUGGGGAGAAACGCAAGGAGCUUGUCCAUCAACAAGCAAUUCUUGACGCUAUUGAAAGCGAGCGCGCGAACGAAGAUUCGUUCCGGCUGGCUAUCCGUGCUCGGCAACUGCAGGCCGAGCGCGACUACCGCCUCGAUAAUGCAGUCGCCUCCCUCGAUGCCAGACUCAUGAGACGUGAGAUUGCCGAGGGUCGCCCCGCUGAACAAGUUAGGGGGCCGGGAAUCUCCGCCAUAAAUGUCCCUGCUGACCUCCUCACUAAUGCAUUGUCCGGAAACCCAGUUGAAGACAAGGCAGAUCCCGGAACCCUGAAAACGGCGGGUGCCGCAGAAUCGAAGCCUAUUACGCGGACCAGUAGCUCCGGGACGAACGGCACCAAGACCUCGGCUAAUGGCGGCGGUGGCGGCGCAGCGUCUGCCCCCCCUCGUCGCUGGGCCCACGACGACGGCAGGGACAAUCCCAUGACAACAGAUCGCGCUGCAGCCGUGGCCCGCUGGGUAAGUGAGGCCCCUGCACAAGGUGGCUCCAGCCUCGGAGCCAACGCCGAUGGCGCCCGCAAGCGUAAGAAGAAGCCGGUGAAGCGCGGAAUGACAUCGGGUGCGAGCACAGCUGCCGUGCAAAGCGGCAGCAAGACGGAGCUAGGCUUGUGUGAGACCAAAGGCGACGGCGCGGAUACAGAGACGGAUAUUGCGGCUUAG